AUGUUUGUCUCCAGAUUUCUCUGCAGGUUUGGUUACUGCUGCUCUCGACCCAAAAGACUCAGGAUCUACACAUCCAGUUCAGUCUGGUCCGGCUGUGUCGUUUCCAGUUACAGCAGUCGACCCCCAACCAAAGAUGUGUCUGUCCACUACAGCCUCGGUCGCCCGGUCCUCUCAUUGCGUCUGCCCGGAGGUCAGGAGGGUCGUUUCACUCUGACUCCCAUGUUGACCACCGUGGGUGACCUGCUGCGAGACAUCGCAACCAAAGACCCCGGAGUGCACAGCGCCGCCCUGCUCAAUGGAGAUGGACAGAGAAUCUCCUCGUGCACUUUCAUGGAAACUGUUCUGUAUAAAGAUUUCCAGCUUGUCAUCAAUGACGUCACACACAACGUUCGCUCCCUCGGACAAGGCUCGUCUCACGAACACGUGUUGGGUCUGGACGACGUGAAGUACGUGGUCCACCUGCUUCACUCGGCGCUGAAUCUUCCUCGGCAGCAACACGUCAAACACUCGGAGCUGCUGAUCAGGCAGGAGCAGCUCAAACAGCGGCUGAGGCCGCUGGAGACGGUUAAACUCCGGAUGGCGCAGGAGGCCGAGUCUAAAGCAUCCAUGCUGGGGUGGUUGGGGCUUGCCUACCUGUCCCUGCAGGGAGGAUUCCUGGGUUACCUCACCUGGUAUGUGUUUGCCUGGGACAUCAUGGAGCCAGUCACCUACUUCAUCUCCUACACCACCAGCAUGAUCUUCUUCGCCUACUACGUCCUCACCAAACAGGAUUUCCUCUGCCCGGACGUGAGGGACCGUCAGUUCCUUCACUUCUUCCACCAGAGAGCGACUCAGCAGAAAUUCGACGCUCAAAAAUACAACGAGCUGAAGGACGAGCUGGCAAAGGUGGAGGACGACCUUAGGAGGCUGAGAAGCGCCAUUCAGCUGCGGCUGCCGGUCGAACCGGUUCAACCGCAAAAAGCCACCUGAGAUUUUGGCUCAUUUUCUCUUUUUUUGAAGUCCUUGUUUCUGAAAAAUGUUUGUUUCCAUGCCACCUGACUUUGUCAAGGGAAAUUCCUAUCCUCUGUUGCUCUUUUUAUUCUUCUGCUAUCUCUUUGAAUCUAUCAAAUAUAUGUCAAAACAGAUUUUUUUUUUCCUUACGUAUUAAAAGCCCUUUUUUUUUCUCCUGUGAAAUGUUAAAAUAUUUCAGAUGACUCACUACUCAUCCCGCGCUUACGUAGAACAGCAAUAUACACACAGUACAUUCUAGUCUUUGCCUCGGCUGAAGAGAUGUGCUAGCUGUUGAAGCAGAAACUUAUAUUUUGGUCGCAGUACAUUUAGAAAACUGUAAGUUACUGAUACCUGUAGAGAGAUGUCAGGCUAAUAUUAGCUAUCUAAACAUAGGUCAAUAUUUCAUUGGCCAUAGAAUUUACUGGCAAAUUUAUUGGGCACAAACUGGCUUUUUUUUAUCACCAA